CUCUGUGUCUCUGUGUCUCUCUUCCAGUAUGGUGAGGAGGAGGUGUGUUCGGACCGGUUGGACUCAGACUUCCCAGACAUCGAUCUGUCCCAGCUGGACGCCAGUGACUUUGACAGCGUCAACUGUCUCAGCGAGCUGCACUGGUGCAACGACCACGCCACCGGAGCGUCACCGGCCUCCGCGCGCUACAGCACGACCGACGAGCUCUUUGAGAUAGAAGAGGAGAACGCGGCCCUGCUCGCCGCGUUGACGGACAGCCUGGAUGGCAUGGUGGACGCUGAGGUGGGGGGGCUCUCUGUCUUCCAAACCCUGGGGGAGGGGCCCAACCCGGAGGAGGAAGACGACGAUGCCGUCCUUCCUCUCAACACCGGGGACUUCAGCCAAUCGCUUGGAACGGAGACUGAAGAUCCCUCGCUGUUGAAGAAGCUGUUGCUGACCCCCCCUAACGUGCCUACCGGCGCCGACACACACAGCGCCAACGGGCAUCGCCACGGCAACAGAGGCCUCCACCCGCGGACGACGCGGAUCCAAGUCAAGAGCGAGGCGGGCGCGAGGCUCCAGGACAGGAAGCCGCGUGCCGCGCGGCCCUUGGGUCGUCUGUGCACGGAGCUCCACCGCCACCUGACCACCGGCCGGGGCCACGCCGCCGACAGCGAGGAGGACGAAGGGGACGAGGAGGAGGAGGAGGAGGAGGAGGAGGAGGAGGAGAGCGAGUCCGAGGAGGGCGAGGAGGACGAGUCGUCGGGGAGCGACGGCGAGGGCGUGGCCGCGCCCCCGCCCCCCGCCGCGCCCCCCGAGGCCCAGUUCAGCUCGGAGAAGGAGCUCCACUCGGUGGUGGAGCUCAUACGCUACAUGCACACCUACUGCCUGCCCGCGCGCAAGCAGCACGCCUGGGACCGCAAGGAGCGCGAGGCCCCGGCCCCGGCGCCGGCCCGCAGCCGGGGCCCCAGGCCCGAGGCCCCGCGGGCCCCCGCGCAGAACGCUCACAGCCGAGCGGCGGCAGUGGGGCCCCCCGCCGCCGCCGCCGCGGGGGGAGGGGGAGGGGGUGGGGCAGGCCCCCCCGCCCCCCGCAGACCGGCCUUCUCCCGGCGCCGGGAGCCCAAGGCGGACUCCCUCCUGCGGGCCAUCCUGGAGCGCAGCGCCUCCUUCGACGUGAGCCAGCCUUACAGACUGCACAGCCCCCCCUACGCCCCCGGGCCGGCCGCCGCCCCCGCCCACCAGCACAGCUCCUCCUCCUCCUCCUCCCCGCUCAGCCGGACCGGCCCCGCCCCCUCCUCUCCGCAGGGGCGGCGGCGGCCGGGGGCGGGGCCGGAGGAGGAGGAGGAGGAGGAGGAGGAGGAGGAGGAGGAGGGCGGGUCGUUCUCGGUGCGGCGCUCCCGACGCCUCGCCUCCUUCCCGAGCCGCUUCGCCAAGAGGCUGCGGCCCGGGCACCGCCGCCGGCCCUGGGGCGAGGAGCAGGACGAGAGGAGGGCCCGCGUCAAGGGGGGGGGAGGAGCCGGGGCCAGGGCGGAGAGGCCCCGAGAGGGGCACGGCGGCCUGACGGCGGCCAGGAAGACCUGCUGUCACCAUGAGAGGUUCAGCAGUAAGUCCUUUGAGCAGACGCUGGCGGAUCUAUGCGGUACUGCAGGCCUGACUCCGCCCACCACCCCCCCUCACAAGCCGGUGGAGGACGAGCUCUUCAAGCCCGCGGAGGGGGUCGGAGGCGGCGGGGGGGACUCCCCCACCACCUCCACCUCCACCACCACCUCCACCUCCACCACCACCUCCGGGCCCGGGGCCCCCACCCGGGGCCCCUCCUCCUGGCUCCCGCGGGGGCCGCACGCCCGGAAGCUCCCCGAGCAGACGGAGCUGUACGCCCAGCUGCGGCGCGAGGGCCCCGACGGGGAGGCCGAGGGGGGCGUGGCCGGGGUCCGCCGUCCCUACGGCGACCACGACUACUGCGCCCUGACUCUGGGGGAGAGCCGCAAGCGCAGCGCCGCCCUGCUGGGCGCCAUACUGCGGGCGCGGGACGGACCGCAGCGGGUGGGGGGGGGAGGAGGAGGAGGAGGAGGAGAGGAGGAGGUGGGGGGAGGAGGAGGAGGAGGAGGAAGGGCAUCAGGGAAACUUCAGGAAGAGCAGCAGCAGACGGCGGUGAUGUCCCACCGCCAGACGCACGCGGCCACGCCGCCGGCGUCUGAGGAAGGAGGGCGAGCGCUCAUCUUCCUCCCGCUCGCCCUCCCCCGCGAUGGACUCCUCCCCGGCUCCCCCGCAAGCAAGAUGGACGCCAGUGAGGUGAUGGAAGGCUGUCCUGCAGACAGACAGAGGAACAAAGCCAAACCAGACGAGGACAACUGCCAGGUGUUCUACAUCCACAACCUGCCCAGCAGCGUCACGCACAACAUGCUGCGCAAACGCUUCCAGGUCUUCGGCUCCGCACAGGACUGCAAGGUCAUCAUCCGCAACGAAGAGCGUUGUGGGGUGAUUAAGAUUCGCCAGGGAAGCUCGGAGAGACAACGGAGAGAGGGGGAGGCUGCUUUCCAGAGCCGAGCCAACGGUCUGCCGAGACUCAGCAGGAAGCGCUACAUCGACCUGGACGAAGCUGGCCCGGGCCCCGUGAAGAGCAAGUACGACGCUCUGGACUUUGACACCCUCCUAAAGGAGGCGCAGAAGUCUUUGCACCGCUGACGGGCCUCCCGACCCCUGACCCCCCCCCCAGACCGAUCCCCUCCUCACGGCUGGCCUUAGUGACCCCCGACCCCUCCAGCCCUGCUGCCUCGACACCGGGCCUGCGCGCUCCUCCGUCGAAGGCACCCUCGCAAAAGUUGUUUACAUUUUUAACAUUGGAAUAAAAAGACGAGAGAGACCUAGUUUAGAACUUUUCUUUACUUUCCCGCCAUGGAGAAUUAAGGAGCAAAAAUGAUACGAUGGAAGAGGUUUGAUUUUUGAGAAAAAAAAAAUGGUACAACUUCUACUGCUACUACUACUAAACUACUACUACUACUACUACUACUGCAACAACGGCAGACACUUUUUUUUCCUGUCGUUGUGCGACGGUCGACGACAAAGCUGCUUCCUGUUGUCUGUGUUGGUGACUUCAUCACCCCGCGCCAAAGAAGGUUGGCGGGGCGAGAACCCUUGUGUGGCGUAAAUACCUUGCUAUUCCCGCGUCGCGUCUUGUUGGUCACGUUGGUCUUCGUGGUUUGUGUGCGUGUGUGUGUCCUCGCGUGUGUUUUAUUUUUCGUAAAAAACACACUCUCUGGUCACGCCUGGUGAGACCGCGAGCUGUGUUUUGCCUCAAAGUAGUGACGUUGUGGAGAAAAAAACAACUUUGUUUUAGCAAAAGGAAAAAAAUUAUCGAUGUUUUCAAAAAUUUAAACGAAAAAGAUUUAUAACUGUGUGUGUGUGUGUGUGUGUGCGUGUGUGUGUGUUACGGACAAUGAAAAUUCUGAAAUCAACAAAAAAAACAUUUGACUUUAAACGGUUUACACAUCGAAAACAAAGAAGAAAAAAAAUCAUCUUUUUUUAUUUUUUGUAACUGUAGUGCUUCCUUGAUUUGAUCUAUGCACUGUACGGAGGUAGAAGUUUCUGCUGUCCUCUGACGAACCCUUUCCUUCUUGUCUGCAAACGCAACCCUCAAAAUGGCUUCUUCUACUGGCUCUGGUAUCAGGUUGCAUACAGCGGACUCUACUAGGUGCAUGCGGUGUGCACAGAAGGCCCAGAAGUUUUGUCAAAUAGCACUUACUUUACCAAGGUCUGUAAAUAGUUAGACCGUCGAUGUCAAACAUGUUAAGACGUGUUUUUUGUCUUUCUUUAUUGUAUUUGCCAAACUGCCAUUCCCUUUCAAUGCUGUCAAAAAUAUCCCCCAAACACAUCUGUCACUUACAAUCAGAAUACAUUGAAUACUAAAGGACUACUAUAGAAAGUAUAAAUAUAUAUAUUAAUGAAUCAGUUUACUACAACAAUGUCUAUCCUCCAUGUUCGGCACACAGUCGGGUUAACACAGUCGGCACACAGUCGGGUUGAAAUCUAGAUUCUGGUUUCAACAGAAUGUACUUUGUGAAAAUCAUGAAUGUAUCGCCUGCCAUCCUCUGACGUUUCCCUCACCUGAUGGCUGGUCUUUGAUGCACUUUUUGGUUUUGGUAGAGUCUGACGUACACACACACACACCUGAUACCGCCAGUAGACGUUGACCAUGGGAGGGGGGGGGGGGGGGGGGGGAGGGAGAGAAACCCAGGAGAGAGAGCCAUGUGUUGGAUAACAACACCAAAGGGUUCUGGGUGAGAAUCGUGACCUUGUCGUGACCUUGUUGUCCAAGAGGUAUUGUGUCAGCUGAGUUUCUCUACCUCACGUCCAUCUCUACCAUCUCCACCUCCGUUCCUCUCCUCCAUGUCUAAUCCCUUUCCAUUUAUUUGUCCUGGACUCCAAUACCCCCCCCCCCAACUCUCUGGUUCUUCCUGUAAGUUUCCGGAAAAUGCUUUUGCUUUUCCACUUCCCAUGUUUUUUGUUUGACCAAGGUACAAGGACUGAAACCCAUGUUGAUGGUAUAUAGCCACUUAAUGAAGGGGCCUUUUUCUCUUUCUCUCUAUUCCCUUUCUUUCUCUCUCUCUCUCUCUCUCUCUCUCUCUCUCUCUCUCUCUCUCUCUCUCUCCUCUUUGGCCUCAUCGUUAAUGGUUUUCUGUGGCUAGCGUGUGCGUAUCUAUCCUGAGUGUUGUGUGUCUUGUGCGUAUCAGAGUUAGAGCUGCAUCUGUUCCCAGGCCUCCCAAUUCAUCCACACCCCUCUCCAUGUUAUCGUGUUCAGGGAUCCCUGCGUCCCUCGACAGCACAGCCCAACUCUAUCUAUCCACCUAUCUAGCAAUCUAUAUCCAUCUAUCUAUUCACCGACUGUACCUUUUCCCUAGUAUGUCACCGUUGGCGUAACAGACACCCACCCACUUUGUGUACAAGUUGUCCCCCUGCCCCCAUCACCACCCCCACCAUGCCACCCUCCUAUCUAAUCAACCCCACGGUAACACACACGAAAAAUUGAAUGUUUACAUCUCUCGAUUCUCGUUAGACUUUCUUAGAGACACACACUAAGUACAAAGAUGCCUUAUUCAGGACGCGACAUGUAGGCUGAUUUCUCAAAAAACGAAACAAAUUAAAAUAUUACAAAUUGGUUGAAUUACGAAUUGAUUGGAAAACACCCAAAGUGAAAGUCGUUUCGCAAUUAAAAGUAAUUGACAUGGAUCAGUUCUACCAGAAUGGGUAUUUGUGCUUAGUUUGUACACUGCUAAAAGAGUGAAGAGAGGAUACGCUGGUUUACAUAUUAAAAAAGAAACAAUAUAUUAUAAUAUAUAAAUAUAUAUAAUGUGUAUAUAGCACUAUGCCUCAUUGUAAACAUUUAAAAAGAUGUAAGUGUGUUUUUUUAAAGGCGGCGGGUUAGGAUUGUUGAUUAUCAGGAAGCUUUGGACUUGCGCUAGGAAGUUAGAAGGAGUUCAAUACAGGAAGGAAUUUAAGGGAAAAGGUUUUUGUUUUCACAAUAAAAGUCCACAAUAUUUGGGAAAGCAUGAGAGGCGAGAGGAGUUUCCCUUUAGUCUGUUGUACUAGAAAGUUAUUUUUCUCUGCCCAUUUUUGAAACGAUAUCGGUUUGUCCGUUUAUUUUUUUCUUAAAAAAAAAAUCAAUUGAUGCAAUAGCUACUAAUCGUAUCUAAGUAACAGCUUUUACAGAUAAAGGUAAUAAUGUACAGUGUGGUGUAUGGUGGUUGAAAUACAACUUUGGGCAAACCUUGAACUGCAAAUUCUCUAGGCUACUCUGGUUAGAAGGCUGUUAAACAUACGAAAAAAAUCCAAAAAAGAAAAGUACCGGACGAAUGUUAAUGGUUACGACAUUUAGACGAUACACCUGUACAACAUGUAUGACUAUACUCUUGCACAAAAGAAAAACGCCCCAGGUAGUGAAGCAUUUGUUCACAAUAUAUAUAUUGUUUUUCAUUGAAGGGAAACUUGUAACUAGAUUAUUGCCACAUUUUGAUGGUGCACAGGUCUGUUCAAAGUCUAAUUUAGUUGUGUCAGAGACAAUGGUAAAUAUGGUAACUCACGUCUACACGUAUGACUGCUAUUGGAACACGAGAGGAAGAAAAAAAAAAAAAGGAUAUUAAUUGAAGAUGUCAGAGCGUUAUGGUUAACUACACCCCCUGCUGAAGGUAGAGUCUUACUCGGUACAGUGAUGGCCAUUUUAGAAGACCCCUCUCUCUUCAUUGGUGGAUUUAAUUAUUUCGGCUCCUCUCCAAAUGUAAGUUCCAUUUUAGAGCUAGCUAGGAUUCUAAAAUCAAAGCACUGGCUGUCAUUGGCCACGGGAACAAUCUGUGUGUGUGUUUUGUGUUUUUGAUGAAGAGGGGACUUCUAGGGUGCAUCCUGCUCUGCUCCUUCUCUGAACGGUGCAUUUAUUGUGCUGGAGGUGAUGACAUUUUAACAUCUUCACCCUCAUGACAAGCCUUAAAACUCAACUGGUGGGGUGCAACGACUCCAAUUCCAACUCCUGUCCAAAUCCAAUCUGGUUUUCUUGUUCCUCAGUAAUGACUGACGUGAUUUAAAAAGCGUUUUUUUUGUUUUCAAUACAGCCAUAAUAUAAAAUGAAGCUAUAUACAUAUAUAUGAAUAUAUAUAUAUAUAUUUAUGUGUUUGUGUAGAUAUCUAGAUGAUUAUAUACUUUCUUAUAGAAAAUCUUUGAUGUUGACCAUUUUUCCUGCGUGUCAUGAGAACACGUCGACACAUUUAAAAAUGGCUGCCAUCCCGGUUUGGGAGCCACUGGCACCUGAACCCAAAAAUAUUCUCCUUCCACAGGGAGUCCUCUUCCAAUGCAAUACAUUUUAUUUCCACUUCUCAGUUAUGGUUAAUGUUGAGAGAGAGAAAAAAGAAAAAUGUUUGUGGCAAGUUGACCAAAAAUAAACAAAUAAAUACAUCCACAGUAAUAAAACAAAGACAACAAAAAAAACGUUUGUCAACAGCUUUCUUUGUUCACAUGUUUGCUGGCUUUGUUUUUAAAAGAUGCCACCAGAAUGUUCUCACUUAGACCCACCAAAACCAACGUUUUAGGGACAUGUUUUUCUGUUUUUCUUGUUUCUUUAUCGUUUAAAUAUAAGGAAAAAAAAAAUGUAAUCUGUCUGCUAGCUGUAGGAACUGUUUGAGCGCGACGAUUUAGCUUUGCAAUACAGGCCAAUCUCUGGCCAAUCAGAAUUAAUUUAGCAGAUCACAUGUCGUCCAGGCUUCCCUACAUACGGUUGCAAUGUUUAGAAACUAACUGAUAACUUGUCUUGAUGGUACAGUUGAUGUGAGCCCUCAGAAGGGACUGCAAGCUAUCGUCUAUAGCUAAAUGUCGGUGGGUAUUAUGGUGGAAGAGAAACAAAUAAUAUAUAUAAAGGGCAUAAAUUCUUCUUUUUUUUUUUUUUUCUUCGCUGUUGAUUUAAUUGUCUAUUUACAUCUAAUGACUAUCAAAGAUACAGACGUGAUUAUUUUCCUUUUUUAACUUAGUUUUUGGUAAGACAAAAAACAGUAAAUACUGCUAGUAAUAUUUUAUAUUUUUACAUAUAUUGGUUUUAUUCUGCGUUUUUUUAUUUAUAUGCCUCUUAGUUUGGAUGUAUUUUAAAUUGUGUUUUUUUUCUCGUUUUGUGUGAUUUCAUAUGUUCAGAAUGUGGAGAAAAUGCAUUUCAGUAUUUUUGAAUUGUUAAAAUCUAGUUUCAUAGACGCGCAAGUAUCUGAUGUUAUAUUAUAAAUUAUAUUUUAAUUCGUGUAAAUAGUUUAAAACAGAAGACUAUGACUUCCGUUUAAGCUGAAUACAUUUCUCUUCAGAGAUUGUUUACAUUAAAAAAAACUGUAGAAAUGUGCUCCUCAUAUACUGUAUAAAGUACAUAUAUUCAUUCAAUUGCCUCCAAAAAAUAAAACCCUAAUGAGCAAA